AGUUGCAGAGUCAUCGAUUGUCAAGCGGAAAAUGUGAAUAUAGUGUUUUUCCUGCGAAAUAGGUGGUUUUUCCGUGUAAAGAUGUCAUAUCCUCUGUCUGUGAACAUUUCUGUGGAGGCUCCAAUUGAGAAUCAGAUUCAGGAGAUUCAGUAUGACGGCACAGAGCUCUAUCAACCGCCGCUUACUUUAUCUGAAAAUCUGUCUAAAUGCGCCGCCCGCAUUGACUUCACCAAGUCCAGUAAUGAGCCCGAAGUUGUGGUGAAGAAGGAAGAGACAGAAAAGAAGGAGGACGAUCCGAAGGAUCCGCAGUUUCAGUCCAGUCUCUGGCCGUGGGAUUCCGUGAGAAAUAAGCUCAGGGAUGCUUACACUGAGGUGUGCGUCUUGUCGGAUGUGCUGGCAAUUGCCAAGGAGAAACGCUACAUGGUUCUGGACCCGGUGCCUCAAGAAUCCGUUGAGACAAAGCCCAUUGUUCAGGUUUAUGCUAGGAAGAAGGCUCUCGCGAAUGCGGCAAACAUCCUCUUGAGCGGGGCAGACAGGCUGAGGAACACUCUGAGCGAACAGAGAAACAACAGAGACAAGAGCGACUUUCAUAUCGAAUUGCUGCGUCUUCGGCAAAACUGGAGGCUGAAGAAAGUGUCGAAUUCUAUAAUUGGGGACCUGAGUUAUCGCACAGCGGGGUCGAAGUUCAUGCAUUCAGGGAUGUUCGAAGUGACCAAGGCCGAGGAGGAUCCCAAUGGGGGCAAUUCCCCGCCAGGGAGUCCAGCUGCGACGCCCUCGAAUGCCUUGCCGAGUCCCAAGAAGUCAGCUCUGCGCGUGAACGUGCCGUCGGAGUUGCAGGGCGUGGCGUACAUCAAGGUGAUCACGCAGAAGGACCAGGAGGACCUUUGCACAGCCACUGUGAAUCUCCUGGGCCACGGACAAAAUAUCACGCAACAAGUUGGUAUUUGGCAGAAGACGCUGGAGUUCGCACAGAACGUCCUCUUCUGCAAGGAGUUGUUCAAUCAACUGGCCAAGGAAGCUGUGCAGCUGCAGGCGUCGAUCCCUCACGUGGUCGUGGGCAAUCAAAUUCGUGCCACUCUUCUGCCCGGAAUUCAGCUCAUCAUCAGCCUGUGUCACUCCACAUCAUUCGACGCCUCCAAUUCGGGGCCCAUCAACGAUCACGAUCACGUGCUAGAGCACUCGCUGCACCAACUCCUGCGCGAGGUGCACUACAAGAAUACUCACCAUCCCUUCCCGCAUCCCGCCAGCGGCCCUCUGGGGCCCAGCAAGAAGCGCAUGCUCGCUGGACCGACGGCAGCCGAUCGCUAUGAACUGCUGGAGAUGACAAAGAGUCAGACAUUGCUCGAGCAAAUCAUCGCCCAAGCGCAGCACAUCUUCAUGCGCAAGAGGACGCAGUAUGUACUGGACACACUGGCCAGGGAUGUGAAGGAUCCACAGAUCAUUUCCCACUGGAACGCUAUGAACAGUCCCACGAUGUCCUGCGUGAAGAUCAAGAUCAUCACUCAUGGCUAUGACACAGUUUAUCGGACCUCACUGCUGAUCCACGUGAAGGAGCGCUCUCUGAAGUGCAUCUGCCGCGACGGGCGAGUCAUGCAUAUGUCAUAUGAGCCUCAGGAGUUAAGAGAUCUCAUCCUGUGUCAGAUCAACCGUCAUCAGAUGUCGGGCUUACUAAAUGUGGCGCGCUGCAUGGCUUGGCAGACGCUCUCCAACAGCAACCAUCUCGGCAUCGGAUCCGUGGAACCUCUGGGCAACGCCAGCUCUUGUCUCCUGGCCUCGCCCAACGGCGAUCGCUUGAUCGCCGUGCAGAUCCGCUGCGAUCCGCAGAUCGACGUGAAGGUGUACAUCGCGCAGACGCCGCGCAAGGACUUCUUUCCGGGGCCGCUGGUGCAGGGCAAGUACUGGGAGCACUUGGGCGGGCACUUCAAGGAGGUGAGAUUCGACAAGCUCGAGGGAAAGAACUUCCUGAACAAGAUGGAGUUUCUCAUGGCGAGCAUGUCCAGUUCUUAAGUCUUCUAUCACUAUUUUAUUCUCAAUAAACUUUGCAAUAACUUAGUGGGAUGCUUAAUC